AUGUCGACCCCACUAGUAAUUGACCUGGGCUGCCACUCCCUGAAGGCCGGAAUUGCUGGAGAGGCGCUGCCAAGAAUGGUGACUCGUUCAGUAGUGGGUGUUGCUGCUGUUGGGGAGAGCGGCUCAGCAGCAGGCUGCAGCGCUGCUGCUGCUGCUGCUGCUGCUGCGGGCAGCAGCAGCGCGGCCCCAGCAGCAGCAGCAGCAAAGCCCGUGCUGCUGCAGCAGUUCCUCAACCCCCUCGAAAAGGCAGACCACGUCGAAGUCCUUCCCGUCCUCGACUACAGGGCCUCCAGAGUGGACCAGCCCGGCACUUACGUGCUGCACAGACAAGUGCCCGAGCUGCUGCUGGUGCGGAAGGCAGUGCUGGCUGCCUUUGGCUGCGCGCGGACUUCUGCCAUUGUGUGCGAUGUGGGCCACAGCAACUGCAGCGUUGCUGCUGUUCAAGAAGGCUUUUUGCUGCAGCGACUGCAGCAGGAGAUUCCGCUGGGUUGCCGGCAGCUGCUGGCGGUCACGCGGCACCUGCUGCAGCAGCAGCAGGUGCCCAUCACCCCGGGCUUCGCGGUGAUUCCCCAGCAGCAGCAGCAGCAGCAGCAGCCGCCCGGGGAGGCUCCUGCUGCUGCAGCAGCCCCGCAGCAGCAGCAGCAGCAGCAGCAGAGCCGGGUCGUCGUUCCCUGCCCGCACGUGACGAAGAGCUUCCGCGAGUUCGGCGAGCAGCACGUCCUGGAGGUGCUGCUGCAGCUGCUGGGCAAGUGCAGCAGCAGCAGCAGCAGCAGCGGCGGCGAAGAAGCAAAGGCCUCCGAAGCGCCCGAAGCAGCAGCAGCAGCAGCAGCAGCAGCAGCAGCAGCAGAGGAGCCUUACGUGCUGCCAGACGGCACUGUAAUUCCCCCCACAGUUUGCUCAAGCAUAGAAAAGACAGUUCCGAACAUUUUGUUUUCUGCUGCGCUGCGGCAGCAGCACCGGCUGCUGCUGCAGCCGGACUGCGGGUCUGCUGCUGCUGCUGCUGCGGCGGGCAUCGUCACGGCGGCCCAGCAGCAGCAGCAGCAGCAGCAGCAGCAGGAAGCAGCAGCAGCACCUGCACAGACGAAGAGCUUCCGCGAGUUCGGCGAGCAGCACGUCCUGGAGGUGCUGCUGCAGCUGCUGGGCAAGUGCAGCAGCAGCAGCAGCAGCAGCGGCGGCGAAGAAGCAAAGGCCUCCGAAGCGCCCGAAGCAGCAGCAGCAGCAGCAGCAGCAGCAGCAGCAGCAGAGGAGCCUUACGUGCUGCCAGACGGCACUGUAAUUCCCCCCACAGUUUGCUCAAGCAUAGAAAAGACAGUUCCGAACAUUUUGUUUUCUGCUGCGCUGCGGCAGCAGCACCGGCUGCUGCUGCAGCCGGACUGCGGGUCUGCUGCUGCUGCUGCUGCGGCGGGCAUCGUCACGGCGGCCCAGCAGCAGCAGCAGCAGCAGCAGCAGCAGGAAGCAGCAGCAGCACCUGCAGGAGUCCUCGAGUGCAUCCGCAAGUGCGCAGAAAGCUGCCAGCGAACAGCAAAAAGAGAUGUCUUGGGGGCUUUAGUUCUUGCGGGCGGCGGCUCCCAGUUCCCAGGAUUUGUGCAGACUCUCAAGGCAGAGGUGAGCAGCAGCAGCAGCAGCAGCAGCAGCAGCAGCAGCAGCAGCAGCAGCAGCGGGGGGAGGGGAGGGGAGCGGGUAGUGGAGGAGGAGGGGUACGGCAGAUGCUCGAGGCAGAGAGCAGCAGCAGCAGCAGCAGUAGUGGUAGGGAUAGGGCGGAUAGUCGAGGCAGAUAUAAGCAGCAGCAGCAGCAGCAGCAGCAGCAGCAGCAGCAGCAGCAGCGGGGUGAGGGGAGGGGAGCGGGUAGUGGUAGGAGGAGGAGGGGUACGGCAGGUGCUCGAGGCAGAGAGCAGCAGCAGCAGCAGCAGCAGCAGCAGUAGUGGUAGGAAUAGGACGGAUACUCGAGGCAGAUAUAAGCAGCAGCAGCAGCAGCAGCAGCGGUAG